AUGCCAGUCUCCAGUGUAUUUGCAUAUAUGGUGCGUGUUACUUCCGCCGAAAUGAUCAAAAAAACUUUUCUUCUGGUUCGAUUACUAAAAAUUGUUGUAAUUUUAAUAAUUUCUAAAAGUAGAAAAGCAUUGUCGAAAAUACUUUUACGAUUUUACGCCACAGGCUUCAAACGAACGUCUUACAAGUCCCAAGGAAUAUUCAUUCCAACAACAUGCAAUCUCUCGCUUCAGGUUCUUAUUGAUUUGACAUUUUCAAUUAAAAUUAAUGCUGUUUUAAUUACAAUUGUCAUUUAUGCGUGA